AGUUCGUGGUGCGCCGUCGAUUGACGCAUUUUCCGUCGAGAAGGUGGAGAACAAAACGUGGAGAGCGUUCGACGUCCUCUCUCUUUUUCUCUCUCUUUUUCUCUCUCUCUUUCUCUCCGUCUGCCCGUCUCCCUGUCUCUCUCCGUCGUCCUCGCCACUCUCCAUCCUUUCCUCUCGUUUUUUCGGUUUUAUCUCGCGUAUCUUUCUUGCCGCUGGACCACCACACUCGCCGGUGGCACACGCUGCUCUCACGGCGGGAGAUUCGAUUUGCGCCCGUGCCACUCAGGAAUUUAUGAUUCGCCAGUGAUUGUCGUGGGUCAAGGACCGUUCCGUUUUCCCGUAUUAAUUUACGGAUCGCGAGAUAUACGUCAGUGAUCCUUGGAAGAGCCAACACCGGACGAUUUCCACCUUAAAUAUGGCCCAAACUUAUAAUCAGAAGAGAAAUGUGUACAGCAUUGACCAGAUACUGGGUCACGGCAAAGAUGAAGAUCACGCGACGUCGUCCGACGCCGUCGUGGACGCCGGUGACACGGAGCUCGGUCAUCUGAGUGAUCAUCAGAUCAGCGAUGCCCUGCACGACCCCCUGAACUUGGGCGAAUCCGACCGACCUCGAAAAGUACGAAGGUCCCGCACGACUUUCACGACUUAUCAGCUGCACGAACUGGAGAAGGCCUUCGGUAACACUCAGUACCCGGAUGUGUUCACCAGGGAAGAGUUGGCGAUGAGGCUGGACCUUUCGGAGGCCAGAGUUCAGGUGUGGUUUCAAAAUCGCCGUGCAAAAUGGCGCAAGAAGGAAAAGGCGCUGGGCAGGGACACCAGUUUCAUGCACGAGCAAGGUGGCGUGAACGAGCUGUCGCUGCACGCGCGGUUGCUGCAGACGGCCGGCAGUAUUCCCGGCGCGGAUCCCUCGGGACCGCCGACGGGCGGGUUGCCCUGGUUCUUCCCGCCGGUUUUUCCGCCACCCUGGGCGCCAACGAGUGCACCCAAGCUGCCGCCCUUGCAAGCCUUUCUAUCGCAGUACAUCGGGCUGCCACAGAAUCUCGCGUCGCUCAGCACAAUGCUGCCGGUUGGCUUGAAUCCAGCCGCGUCCUUAAACCACGGUAACGUCGCCAACGGCCAUACUCUGGUUGGCCACCUGCACCCCAGUCAUCCGCUGAACCUGGGGGUGCAGAACAUACCGCAGAACCUGAGCUCGAGGAACGACAAGGAGGACGACUCGGCAUCGUCCGAUGAUGAGGUCAGGAAGCAGAGCGCGGAGGUGCUGAGAGUAAAGGCGGAAGAGGCGUUACGCAAGGCGGACAAUUAACUGUGAGAGCUCAUGAACUUUUGUAAAUAUGGAAGAUCUUCCGUGUCCUUUCUCUGAACGUGGACGCGUUCGAGAGCUUCUAGCGUUCCGCGCGCAAAGAAGGGCUCUUUCAGUCCCUCGUGCAAGGACACGGGGGAUCGGAUCUCCAUUUUGCGUUGAAUUCAAGAUUCGAUGCGCGAUUGGACUUUGAUGAGUAUGUACGUUCUGAUGCACGAAGUGCCUCGAAAGGAAACGCGCGCUUGCCAAAUUCUUGAUCGACACCAAAGUUGAUUGAUCGCGAGAUCAGAAAUGAACUUGGUUUGCCAGCCAAGGGUUCAUCAGAUUAUUUUCGCGCUUAUUUUUCUUAUUUAUUUUAUUUAAGUAUCGCUUCUCCCGGGACACUCCGUGUAUCUUAUAGAUUGAAUGACGAUAAAGCGGACGAUACCUGUCUGAUUCGCACUUGAAUAUCCGGUGUGAGUGUCGCUGGUGAUAAUUGGCGGUCUGUGAUAAUUUUCGAUAUACUCGAUUAAUGUUGCGGCUCGACCGCUCGGUGUGGCUGAAUGAGUUAAAUGACGCUUUAAUUCCAAUUAGCGACACAUAUAAGACGCAACAACUUUGCCGAAUAUUAUUUAUCGAACGUAAUAGGUUGCACAUCGGAUACGCAGGUCCCUUUGAUCUGGAAUCACAAGGAUAAUAAGCGGCAUAAGAGGAUUAUUUCCGAUAGCAUACCGAAUUGAUUUGUACGGCUUCAAUGAAGAGAUUAACUUAAAACAAAAACGCAUUUUAUAUUGAGUAAUACAAUUAUAAUAACAUAGCGGAACGAUAAAUGAAUCUUGAAAGUAUGACAUUAUGUAAUUCCUCGCUUGUUAUGUACUAGAAAUCAAUUAUGUUAUGUACUAAUUUAUGUAAUUAAUAUGUAAUAUAAUCAUUAAUAUAUCAUGUAUCAAUCUAUGAUUGCAAGUGUAAAUUUUAUAUAAUUUUGAAUCAUCAUCUGUGAUUAUUUUCUAAUAGCGAUAUAUCUUUAAGAAUUUCAGUUUUUUUUAUGCGAGACGUCGGAAUGAUCUGAGAAGUACGUGUCGCUUAUGAUGCGUUUAUAUAUUGUGUAUUGAAUGAUGCAUUGUACUCAAUUUAUUACCAUAUUACUGCCCGAGCUGUCACGUGACGGCGACAACCGCGUAGAAUCACCUUUGAAGAAUCGAGCGUACAGGGAAUCGUCUGCGCAUAAAAAUCAGAUAAAGUGUAUCACGCGCGAAGAGGUCUUGUAAAAUACAUGUAUCAUAUAAAUAUUAGAUAUAUUAUGUAUACAUAUGUACCAUAUAUUACCAGCUAUCGACAUUGUGUAAAUAUGUAGGGAUUACGUUAAAAAAAAUAUAUUGCACUUAUGAGGAA